GCCCCGCCCACUUCCGCGGGCACCCAACCCUGCGUUGCUUGCGUGCUGACGUCAGGCGCGUGCCCCUGUCCGGCAGCCGAGGAGACCCCGCGCAGUGCUGCCAACGCCCCGGCGGAGAAGCUGAGGUCAUCAUCAAAUUUGAAAUAUUUAAAGUGGAUACAAAACUGUUUCAGCAAUGCAGACAAUUAAGUGUGUUGUUGUGGGCGAUGGUGCCGUUGGUAAAACAUGUCUCCUGAUAUCCUACACAACAAACAAAUUUCCAUCUGAGUAUGUACCGACUGUUUUUGACAACUAUGCAGUCACAGUUAUGAUUGGUGGAGAGCCAUAUACUCUUGGACUUUUUGAUACUGCAGGGCAAGAAGAUUAUGACAGAUUACGACCGCUGAGUUAUCCACAAACAGAUGUAUUUCUAGUCUGUUUUUCAGUGGUCUCUCCAUCCUCAUUUGAAAAUGUGAAGGAAAAGUGGGUGCCUGAGAUAACUCACCAUUGUCCAAAGACUCCUUUCUUGCUUGUUGGGACCCAAAUUGAUCUCCGAGAUGACCCCUCUACGAUUGAGAAACUUGCCAAGAACAAACAGAAGCCUAUCACUCCAGAGACUGCUGAAAAGCUGGCCCGUGACCUGAAGGCGGUCAAGUAUGUGGAGUGUUCUGCACUCACACAGAAAGGCCUAAAGAAUGUAUUUGACGAAGCAAUAUUGGCUGCCCUGGAGCCUCCAGAACCGAAGAAGAGCCGCAGGUGUGUGCUGCUAUGAACAUCUCUCCAGAGCCCUUUCUGCACAGCUGGUGUCAGCAUCGUACUAAAAGCAAUGUUAAAAUCAAACUAAAGAUUAAAGAUUAAAAUUCGUUUUUGCAAUAAUGACAAAUGCCCUGCACCUACCCACAUGCACUCGUGUGAGACAAGGCCCGUAGGUAUGGUCCCCUUCCCCCUCUCAGUACUAGUUAAUUUGAGUAAUUGUGUAUUGUCAGAAAAGUGAUUAGUACUAGUUUUUGUUUUGUCGUUUAAAAAAAAUUUUUUUUUGUCUUUUUUUUUUUUGUUGUUUUUGGUUUUUUUUUUUUUUUUU